AUGGCGAAAAAUACCACUUUCAUGGAAACAAUGCAUACCAGUACUGGUAUCAAACAAACACCGCCGCUACAGAUAAAUAAACACGGUGAAAAAGAACGUAGAUUCUCUUUCUCCUUGACAUCCUCCUUGAACCUGAUCGGCAUGCGCACGAAGCGGAAGAAGACGACGACAGUGGGGCAUGAGACUCACUGGCAGAAGGAGUACAACGAGCUGAAGCGAUGGGACUGGCUGGACCUGAGCGCCACUCCGCGGCGCCUGCUGUGGGCCUUGGAGUCUGAGGAGGCCCACUUGGCCAGGAGGCCGACAAGGAGGAAGGCGGAUGGGAGUCCGGAUACGUCGACGGGCGCGCUCGAGAGGCUGAUCUGUCCCCGGACCGGUACUUGA